AAACCCCCAAAUUUCAAAUUAUUCCCAUUUUCUUACCGUUUAGACUAACCCAGCUCUCUCUCUCUCUCAAUCCCGUGCAACUCAAUUCUUCUUCUUCCCAUACAAAGCUGGUAUUAUCUUGAAACCCUAGCUUUCAAAAUCUUCAAUCUUCCCUUCAGAGAACCUUAAAAUAUCAGAUCUUGAAUUAACAUUUUAAAAAAAAAGCUAAAAAUGGCACCAAUUACACCUGCAUCUUCUUCAAAAUCAAACCACCAAACCCACUCUUUCAAGACUCCACAGUCUAAACACCGUCUAAAUUUCAACUCAACAAGGCUCCAAACUCACCCAUCUCCAAACCCUAACUCAACCCCACUUAAAGAAACAAUUCAAGGAGACCACCCAAUUGAAGUUGUUGGCAGAAUCCGUGAUUUUCCUGACAAAAAAGAAAAACCCACUCCCUCAAUCUUGCAAAUUAACCCUAAUAAUCAAGCUCUUAGGGUUCGAGCCGAUAUCGGGUACCGAGAUUUUUCUCUUGAUGGGGUUUCGUUCUCUGAGGAGGAAGAUCUUGAUUCCUUCUAUGAGAAGUUUGUUCAGUCUAGGAUUAAUGGUGUUAGAUUAGGUCAGAAAUGUACUAUUAUGAUGUAUGGGCCCACCGGAUCGGGAAAGAGUCACACCAUGUUUGGCUGCUCCAAGCAGCCUGGAAUUGUGUACAAGUCAUUGAAGGACAUUUUGGGAGAUGGAGGAGAUGACGGGAGUGGAGAGGGAUUCGAGGCGGUGUCUACGGCAUUUGUUCAAGUUACUGUCUUGGAGAUAUAUAAUGAGGAAAUUUAUGAUCUUUUGUCGAGUAAUGUUGGUGGGGGAUUCGGGUUUGGGUGGCCUAAGGGUGGCAGUGGAUCCAAGGUACGACUAGAAGUGAUGGGAAAAAAGGCCAAAAAUGCCACUUACAUAUCAGGGACUGAAGCUGGAAAAAUUUCCAAGGAGAUUCAGAAAGUGGAGAAGCGUAGGAUAGUUAAGAGUACCCUUUGCAACGAUCGGAGUUCUAGGAGCCAUUGUCUGAUAAUUCUGGAUGUCCCUACCGUGGGGGGACGACUGAUGCUGGUUGAUAUGGCAGGCUCGGAGAACAUAGAACAGGCUGGGCAAACUACUUUUGAAGCUAAGAUGCAGACUGCUAAGAUCAACCAAGGAAAUAUAGCAUUAAAGAGGGUGGUUGAGUCAAUUGCUAAUGGAGAUUCGCAUGUGCCCUUUAGAGACAGCAAGUUGACAAUGCUGCUCCAGGACUCCUUUGAAGAUGAUAAAUCCAAAAUUUUGAUGAUACUAUGUGCAAGUCCAGACCCAAAGGAGAUACAUAAGACCAUCUGCACUCUUGAAUAUGGAGCAAAAGCAAAAUGUAUUGUGCGCGGUCCUCAUACACCAACUAAAGAUAAAAUUGGCACUGAUGAUCCUUUAGCAGUCUCCAAGAUAGCUGCCAUGGAUCAAUUCAUAUAUAAGCUACAAAUGGAGAGCAAACUCAGAGAGAGAGAAAAAAAUGAAGCUCACAAGCAGCUCCAAAAGAAAGAACAGGAGAUUGCUGCACUGAGAGCGCUUAUUGAAGAGAAGGGAUCUGCAGUAAGCGAAGAAGAGAUCAAUUUGAAAGUGAAUGAGCGCACAAUGAUGGUGAGAGCUCAGUUGGAAAAGAAGCUGGAGGAGUGUCAAAGAAUGGCUGAAGAGUUUGUUGAAUUGGAGAGGAGGAGAAUGGAGGAAAGAAUGCUGCAGCAGCAGCAGGAAGUUGAAAUGCUGAGAAAGCGUUUGGAAGAAAUUGAAGUUGAGCUACGCCGUUCAAAGGAUGAAAAUAAUGUGAAUACAUCAAGAGAAAUUGAGGGAAGCAGCUUUGCCAGAAGGCUGUUGGAUGUUUACGCCGACGAGGAGUCUGGAAUGGUGAAAUCAAUGGAUUUGGAUAAAUCAAUGGAUUUGGACAUGGGUGGUCAAGAAUCAUUUACGCCGUUUAGCAAUAGAACUUUGGCUUGCUACCCUCAUUUAAAUAAUUUGAAUCUGGCGGUGGCUGAUCAAAAUGCUUUGACAGCAGCAUAUGGUGGUAAAGCAUGUCUAAGCACUGUAUACGAGGAAGAAGAAGUAGAAGAAGAGGAACAUAAACAUAAUGCGGAAGAUGAAGUAGUGGAAAAGGAAGUAAUAGAGGUAAAGAGAAUCAUCGGUGGUUCUGGGAAUAUUGAUUCAGGCUCUCAUCAGAAACAUGAGGAACUUGAUAGUGCUGAUGCAAGACGAGCUAGAAUCCAAAACAUAUUUACACUUUGCGGAAACUACAGGGAGCUUUCGCAUCACAAUGGAACCCCAGCACCUGCAAAGGAGAUGUUUGAAGAUGAUAUUCCUCAGUCAUCUCCAUUAAUGACACCUCUAGGAAAUUCUGUCACUAGAAUUCCUGGAAAAGAAAACUUGCCACUUCAGAAAAAUCUAUCUGAUACAAUGGAAAUGGCUUCAAAGGAGAAUUACAACCCCAGCAACCCCUUGAAAGAAAACAAUGAUUCACAGAUAGAUGUACAUGUGAAAUGGGAGGCAUCAAAAGGACAUAAUGGAAAAUUCAUCACCACGCUUAAGGUUGUGAAGGACGCGACACUUACUGAUCUGCGAAAGCUGAUUGAAAUCUAUCUUGCUGCAGAUAGUAAAGCAUUUAGCUUUCUUGUGCUGGGGGAUCCAAGUGGAGCGCCUAUUCCGAAGGAGAAGGAAUCAGCAGUCCAGGCAAUCAAACUUCCUAUGUGCAACAACCAAACUCACGGCUACCUUGCUUGCCUGCGACCAGCGAAUUAUUCUCCAUUAAGCCCCGUUCCAGCUACUCCAUUUGCUUCCUUGGAAAACAAGCUACCAGUCACCCCAAACGCGUGCUUGCCGCUGCAGUGUGAUGGUUUGUCACCAAAACUGGCUCAACACUUAAAUUCUACUCCCUUCAUCGCUCUUAGAAAACAUUAGUUGCAUUUAUGGUGUUGAAUCUGCACAUUAGUGAGUAUAUACUCUAGUGUACUCUUUUUGUUUUGAUUGGGCUUCUUUUGUGAAUUUCUUGAUAUAUCAAGUAAUUUGUAAUUCAAACUAACCGUGUUCUAUAUUGCCUGUCAUUGAUGAUGAUAUCUUUUAGAUUUUCA